AUGCUCUCGUCGUCGCGUUUGGCUGGGCGUCAUGCGUCCCAUAAUGAGUCUCCUCGAUCUUCAUCUCGUGCCUGGACCCCUUUACGUGAAAAUUACUUUACAUUACCGACUUUUUCGUCAAGAGAACGCGCUUAUUUUGUCCGUAAAUCAUGUGAAGCAGCUCUCGAGCUUGUUGAACGUGCCCGGAGCAUUGGUGGUCCCAUGAUCUGGCGUCACAUGGAGAAACAUAAUGGUGUCCAAAUCUAUGCCGGUUCUCCGCGUUCAAAUGCCACUGGUACGGCACUUUCCGGCGCUAUUAUGUGCGGGGUAACAAGUGUUCCAGGCACGAUAAAAGAAGUGGCUUCUCUCUUUGAAUUAGGCUCAACAAAACAGAUGAAGGAGUUUGCACAAGCUCAUCGUGAGUGGUUUUACGAUGGUGUUAUUUUGCACACUUUAGCACGACGGACAAAGGAGAAACCGCUGCAUCAAGUGACAGCCAAGUGGAUGGUCAUCCAGAUGCCUCAUGGUGUUCCUCAUCGAGAUUUUUGCUACUUGGAGUGUCAAGACAAGUUUAUUGAUGCUAAAGGACGGAAAGGGUGGGUCUUAGGACAACAUUCGAUCAAAUUACCAGGUUGUGAAGAUCUGAAAAAGGAGUUUGGGUUCGUACGAGGCAGUAUGUAUAAUUCUGGACUUGUUGUCGUGGAAAGUGAAGAACGACCUGGACAUUUGGACGUCAUUUACUUGGUCCAACUUAAUUUGAAGGACCAUACAUCGGUGCCGAUGAGUUUGCUGCGAGCCAGAGUGCUGUUUGUCGCACAGGUUCGUAAUAUGCUCCGGAGCAAACGUCUUAAUGAACAGAGAUAUCUGAGUGAUCUCGAGCUUGUUCCAAGAAGGCAUCGAGCCAAAUGUGCUGUAUGUCGGGAUUCCUUUUCCCUUUUACUGCUUAGGAAGAUGAACUGCAGGAAAUGUGGCGAAGUCGUCUGUGCCGCGUGCAGUAAAGAGUUUCCGAUUGAGAGCUACAACUUUGCGGCGACAAAUGGAAGAGACGACGUGCGCAAGUUGCGUAUUUGUAUGCACUGCUUUCAGGUGAUCACGAACGCUCCCAAACCGACGUCAGCGCUAGUGGAACCUCCUCACUCGUCGACCAUUUCGAUGAGUUUCUUGGGCUACAAGGAUGAUGACUGCCGUGCAUCGUAUAUGACAUCGCGGGUAAGUGGACAACAUGGCCACCGUGAAGAGGACGUGCCGAAGAUCUAUUUGCAGUCCAUGCGCCAUGAAAAGCCAUCGAGUCACCCCAUGUCCAGCACAUUGCCGAUUCCGGGGUAUGGUGUAAAUUCCAGAUCGCGGCAUUAUUCGCGGGGGGAACCGGAUGCGGAGCUGUAUCAGCGAUCGCGGCACUAUCAGCAGCAGGAUUACGGGCAUUCGCACUCCCGCCGUGGAAGCCAGCGCAUGCAAUCGUCAGACUUUCGACCGAGCCAGAGUCUGUCACUCGGUGAUUCCAUCACUAGAGGUGAAGACCGCUACACGUUGCAAAUGCCGGGGCCACUCUCGGUCUCCAUUUUUGAAUGUUCAGCCAUCAAUACCUCGCAACGUCCUCAUCAUGGGUUGUCACGCAGCAGUAGUAGUGACAUGCUAGGGGGGGCAGGCAGUGGCAAUGUGAGCAACUUCAGUCGGCUCCAGGAGCUAAGCAGUCGGGAAAGACUAAAGCAACUCCAGCGCGAAGACGAGUUCAUCACCCGAUCCGGCACCCAACAUUGCACGCCUGAUGCCUACAUGUCCGCGCUGCAGCAAGCAAGUUGCGAUAAGCAUGGAUUUGAUAUGCCUCCGCCCAUGUGUCAGGCUCCACCAAGCGACUUUGGAGCGUAUGGCGCGACAUUAGACGACCACCCGGUAAUUCCUCCCGAUUUUGGCCCAUACGGCUCUACGCUAGACGACCUGGAUGUUCCACCGUUGGAUUUGAGCGCGCUGACUACGCCUACUUUUCCGAUAGAGCUCAGCAGCAUGAGUACAGAGAUAAUGCACCCGAAUGCACCUCGAGAUGGUGGAAAUGAAGGUAAACAUUUGCAUCUGCGCGGACACGAAAUCCAGCAGGGUCGUGAGUCGACAAGCUCGGAUUCUUCUACCAGCUCGAUUGACAUUGAUACGUACGAGGACUCAUUCAAGCUUGCCGUCGCUCCGCCAAUUCCUGAACAGCAAUAUCAUGAGGAGGGUGUAGAGCGUUUGCUGCCAAAAUUGGCGCCGUUAAAUACGACAGGUAUGCAGGAACGCGGUGCGUCGCGUGAAAGCGGCAAGAAAGCAGCGUGGAUCCACGAGAAUGAUGAAGAUUCAGAGACGUCGAUGGGUGCAUCGGAUGACGAAGAAGAACGUUGUGCAAGUGGAAUGGACACGCUUUCGUUAACGACACCACCACCUUAUAAACCAAUCGACGAUAAUGCCGAGGAGACAAAGGCACAAGAAUUUGCAGGAAGCCCGGCGUUGCCAGCUCCGUCUCCGUCUGCCCACAUUGCAACCCGCAAGACGCUAGAGCGCCCGUCCAUUGCAGACAUGUCGAUAGGUUCGCUAUCUUGGGACCAUGCUCUAGCAGAAGUCAAAACGACGGAAGAAGUGAAACCUAAUACGAUCAAAGAAGCGACAACAGUCGCGAGAGAUCUGCUUGAUUACGACCACCAGCUACAACGUUCGAAAGUGAAGGGCUUUGCUGAUAACGAACAUAACCAAAUGCACGUACCGCCGAAGCAGAGCAAAAUGCAAGUCACUGACGACAAGCAGCGUGAGGGCGAUACUGAAGCAGACUUUUUUGCAAGAAAGAAUACGGUUCCUGGGCGCAAUAACCACGUGGAGGAUCAAGACGGCAUUUUCUUGUCUCAACUGAAGGACGGUAGGUGCGCUGUCCCCCACACACCCAGCGGGAUCUCAAGCACUGCUGACCAAGCUAAUGGAGUAUGUCCCCCACAUGAGCGUACGGCAACAUCGCCUAAUAGCAAGUGUGGUAAAACACCAGCUUUGGCGAAACAUAUACGAUCAAAUAGCCGCGAAGAUACUUUAGGCGCUGACGACGUGGAGGAGUGCCAACGGCCAUUGAACUACCGUGACGAUUCCGCGAACCAUGUGGUACUGGAUGCCCAGAAGGAGGCAAGCGACAUGAGUUCUCCGACGUCGGAGUCCACAUCCCGAUCCGAUGACCGCUUUGAUACCGACGCUAAUCUCGGCUCUACUAUUGUGAAAGGAGCGAUCCUUGCAGGAGCCCAGCGGGACGACGAAACUGCUCGUCCUAGAGUGCAAGGUAUAGUGGAACACGAUCAAACGACUACCUUCGCGUCGCCUGUUAUUCCGAUGUCGGUGGUGCUGCCAGCCAACAGUGAAACGAUGCAGACGAGCGGUGAUGACGUUUUGAAAAGUCAUUUGCAAACAUCCGGCAGGGUUUCGUUUUCUUCUUUUCCCAGCAGUAGCGCUUGCGGUAGCAGUAUUUGCAGAACGAGCUUGGAUCCGGUGACGCUGCCUGCCACCCCGCUGUCUUCAGCUACCGCCGUGCCUGCUUCAGACCUUGCAACGUCGAGCCCCGUUCGCGCCAGCGACAGUCCAGAGGUCGCAAUGUCGCAGCAACGCAAAAUGAAUACGCCACCUGCUUAUAUUCCUGAUCGUUUUCGAACGACGGAGCAGCUACAGGUUGUGCAGCAGAACGUCUCAACAACCAAUGUACCUAUUACCACGACGCCAUCGAGCACGCCAAGGCAGAGCUGUGACAGCGAUGCUACCCUGGAUAAUUUUCAACUAAACUUCUCUGCAUCUUUUGAUGCACAUCAGCAGCAAAAGGCGCAGGCUGUUCGCGUCGACGAUGGUCUUCCUCAAUUGAUGUCAUCCGAUGAGCUUAGCCGUGCGAGCAGUUCCGGUAGCAACGAUGGCCAGGUAUUUCGCUAUCAAUCGGUUGAAUCUUCGAUGUUACACACUGCUCCCGACGCCAAUGUGCUCUCGACAUCGACCGGUGAUAGCGAGGAUGCGAACACGCUGUUUCCAGCACGUCAGCUUUACGGCCGCUCUGGUAAUUCAACGCAGCCGUCACGUAUGACAGGGGAUACCCGAUCGGAUUCUAGCAUACGUUGA